UCCAUAUAUUGCAUAAUGAUGAACGUAAAAGUCAUAGUCUUUUUGCUCUCUCUUCAACAUAGGUUUGGUCAUUUAUCGUCACCUGAAAAUGACUCGUUGGAUACAACUGGACUUCUUCCUAGCACCACGUCUGGUCAGGUGUCCAGUUCUUUACGAAGCCUUCUUAAUCAAGAGAGUCUGGUGCGUUUUGCAAUGGUACAAAGAAUUCAGAAACUGGUCAUGGAUUUAGUCGAGGUGAAGAACGACUUUCAGGAUUUUCAACAUCAGCUUGUAGAUAUAAAGGACGAAUUACACAGUUUGAAGACAAAAGACCAGAAGCUGGAGAAAGAGAACAUUGAACUUAAACAGACAUUAAAAGUGAUCAACACCAGACGUCAAAGAGACGAAUUAGCGAACAUAGACUUUGAGAAUUUAAGAAUGAAACCUUAGCUCUAAAAAUUAAAUACGAUAGACUGUUACUGGAAAACAAAGCUUUUCACAAUCAACUGAAUCUUAUGAAUGGAAAGGUGAAAAAUAUGGACGAUUUAAACACACGCCUUCACCUUCUUGAGGGCAGUAUGCAGAAUUUGUUCGUUUCAGUAAAUACAUCGCUUGAGAAUAUUCGGGAGAAUCUGAAUGCUUCACGUAUUCCACAGGUGAAUGGAUCUUUGGAAAUUUCUUCAGAAAGCAGUGCAAAUUACAGUUGUAUAAAGGAUUUCCUUGCUAAAUACAGUGGUGUUACACUCUCCUCACCAACAGAAACAACGAUAACAACACCAGCAGCUACUCAAGUACCAACAUCAAAAGGUACUGAAUCCAACCUUAACCCAACAUCAAUGAUAACAAUAUCAGAAAAUACUCAAGUAACAACAUCAAAAGGCACUAAACCCAACCUUAACCCUAAACCAACAACAACGAUAACAACACCGGCAACUACUCAAGUACCAACGUCAAAAGGUACUGAACCCAACCUUAACCCAACAACAACGAUAACAACACCGGCAACUACUCAAGUACCAACGUCAAAAGGUAGCAGAGGCAGAGAGUUCCUUAUCCUAUUCAUGCGAAAUCACCCUUUUGCAAGGGGCUCCUUAAAUAUAUAUGUAUCAUCUGACAGUGGAGUAAUGGCGAAUAUAUCAAGUUCCCCUAAACUAGAUGCAACCAUUAAAUUGGCAGUUGACAGGAGAUUGAAUAUUACACAUAAUUCAAAAUUCACUCUUCCUGCCAAUUUGGCUUGUGAGUAUGGGACAGUUGAACCGAAGACUGUGAUUUUACAGACAUCUGAACCAGCCACGGUGACUAUUUUGGAUAGUUUUCAUAAACAAUCUAACGACGCAACGCUGAUUAUCCCAACAGACAAACUUUCAAAUAAGUAUUUUGUAUCCACAACGCAUCCAUACCGUUCUUCUUCUGACUUUUAUAGUCAGUUUGCUGUAGGGGCCCUCUACAACGGAACCAACAUAAACGUUACCUUUAAAAUGAAAGACACGUCUCCAAUUUCUCUACUUGGUGGGACAUACAGAGACGGAGAUGUUUUCUCAGUAACUUUGGAGAGAUUGGAAACAUUUCAGGUCGGACAUGCCACCGACCUCUCUGGUACAGUAAUCACGUCCUCAAAACCUGUAGCAGUGUUUUCUGGAAAUCGGUGUAAUCAAUUGAAAAGUGGUGCAUGCAGUCACAUGUUAACUCAGUUACCACCGGUAUCCGAAUUAGAUAAUCAGUAUAUUGUUCCUCCAUUCUACAACAAUAAAGGAACUUUGAUUCAGGUGAUUAGUGAAAGUCAGAACACAGUGAACUGUAGUGUCGGGGACCGUGUGUCAACGUGGCUCCUGGGUGAUACAGAAUACAAAAACGUGGAAGUAACACCAGAUGAAAUAUCGGUGAUAGUUUCAGAUCGCCCUGUGUUAGUAACUGGUUUUGGAAUGGGUGGGAGUUACGACUCCUACAUGACGGUCAUACCUGGUGUACAUCAGUACCUCAAUUACUACAAGGUGGUGGUGCCUGGUGGAUAUGACGAAAACUUUUUCUGCGUGAUGAUUUCAUCAGAAUCUGUAAACUCCCUUAGGAUAAACGGCUACACUGUUGACCAUUAUGAAAGAGGGUAUCAAGUUUAUGCAUUUCUAGAGAAAAAGUUCCUAGUGUCUGCUUUCAGAGUUGAAAAUGGAAGUUUCGAAUUAACAACGUUAGACAAAUCACCUUUUGGGCUACUUGUCUACGGCCAUCGGCAAUAUGACGGGUACGGGUUUGCUGGAAACUUUGUUCUCAUCUAAACGUUGUAAAGGAACAAAACCAGGAUUUUUCACGGAAUGCAUGGGUGAUAAAGUUUUGAAAUUCCUACUGAAGCGUCAGGCAGACAGUGAUUGUAAACUUCCAUUGUAAAUAACAUCACUGCUGCAAGCUUAAAGAAUGUCAUUGUCCUUAAUUACAAAUUAGCUUCAUUAUGAUUUUGAUCUUCGAUUAAUUCACUUCAGUUUAUUCAUAAAUACAACUGUAUAUGAAGUGGAUUGUCGUGUAGAUAUGUAUCUAUUGAUGAAUAAUUACAUCAUGCAAUCAUUAAUGGAAAUAUUGAGGGUUAAAGUAACUAUAGUACAGCCUCCCAUGAACGUCGUACCAUCCAAGGUAAUACACUGUUAAGACAUUUCCGAAUGGGAACUUACAUGGGUACCUACCUCGUGUAAUUAUGAAGACACUCUGGAAAGAGGCUAUAUAGCUAUCAAUUAUCAAGACAGUCCGGAAGGGGCCAACAUAGCUAUCAAUAAUAAAGACAGUCCGGAAGGGGUUAACAUAGCUAUCAAUUAUCAAGAGAGUCCGGAAGGGGCUAACAUAGCUAUCAAUUAUCAAGACAGUCCGGAAGGGGUUACAUAGCUAUCAAUUAGCAAGGCAGUUCGGAAGGGACAUACAUAGCUAUCAAUUAUCAAGGCAGUCCGGAAGGGGCUUACAUAGGUAAUAAUGAUUUAGACAAAAUAUGAAUUUUCAGAAAGUGUUUCACCAAAACCAGCAUAGGUACCAUAUCUAUUAGUUUGGUUGUAUCUUGUAGUAGUUAUUCUUGUGACUUAUCAGGCAUGAGUUUAUUGUACAAAAACAGAUCGUUGAUUAGUCUUACAUAGAUCAUAAUUAUGAAGACGAAGGGCUUACAUAGGUGUACAUUGUACCAUCAAGAUCGGCCAUGACAGGCAAUCUCAGCAAUAUGGAGUGCCAAAUUAAAAUAAACCCAAAUAUUCAAUUAUUCGAUUUUAACAUCAAUUCAUUUGUUUCAUGCAACAAUUCAAUUAGAUUUCUUCAAAUACAUGUAAUUGAUGAUAUCUUCAAAUCUAAAUUACUGCACGCAUAAAAUGAAGUGUUGAUAGCAUUAAUUAUUCUGCUGAAAUGAUGUCCGAAAUGACUGUUGCUCUCUUCAAAUUCACCGCCGCGGUUGUCUAGAGGUAGAGCGUUCGCCCCACAUGCGGAAAAUCGGGGCUCGAAUCCCAGCCGCGACAGCCCUAAGUUGUUAAAACAGGUAGUGAUUGAAUGGUUGAUUGAUUGUUUUGCUGUUUUCGCCACAAUCAACAGUGACCAUUGCAUCGCCAACCGCUCAGCAUCUGAUGUGAAUGUCACAGGUCCUCGGAGAUGACCUUAAAAUCGGAUGUGCCAUGUGUCACAGUAGGUGUGGCACGCUAAAGAACCCUCUCACUGCUCAAUGGCCGUAGGCGCCAAGCAAAGGCCUAAAUGUGAAGCACUUCACCGGUAUUGGUGACGUUUCCUUAGCGUGAAAAAUCUCGAGAGGGAUGUUAAACAAGAUACAAUCAAUGAAAUGAAUUGAUAUCAACAAUUAGAUUGAUGCCCGCUAUAUAACUCAAUUGCAAAUGAAGAGAACAAUAAUUCAAUUGAUGCGUAUAUCAAUAGAAUUAAUGCACACAUAGAUUUAAUCAGUGUGCUCAAUAAUAUGAUUAUUGUUCUUUUUAAUUGAAUUAUUGCUUGCAUCAAUUCAAUCAAUACAUGCAAUAAUUCUAUUAUGCGUGCAAUAAUUUUAGCGGGAGCAGUUGAAAUUUGAUUAUCUGCAAUAAAAUAAAUUAUAUCUCUAAUUGAUUUGUUGCUUUCUUUUACAGAAUUGAUGUUCACAUUAGUUCCCUAUACAAAAUCGUU